AGGUCCGGCUGGAGGGAGGACGCCCAGUUGUGCUCAGCUCUGGAAAGGCCGGGCAUGGCUCUGGCUUCCCGGGGGUCUUGGAUCUCACAAGUGUGAUGGCAACAAGUAAAUGGGCCUCCUGGAAGGGCUGGUGCUCAGGAGCUCUCCUGAGGUGUAGCGGGAGUUCUUCACUCCCCCCGACAGCAGAUGUGCUAAGGCUGUUCAAUUAACCCCUAGACGAUGGCUGAACCUGCAGGAGUACCAAAGCAAAAAAAUAAUGGCAGACCAUGGGGUUACAGUUCAGAGAUUCUUCGUAGCUGAUUCUGCAAACGAUGCCCUGGAGGCUGCUCAGAGACUAAAGGCAAAGGAAAUUGUUCUGAAGGCACAGAUUCUGGCUGGAGGGAGAGGAAAAGGUAUUUUCAAUAGCGGAUUGAAAGGAGGAGUUCAUCUAACUAAAGACCCUAAGAUUGUUGAACAGCUUGCUAAACAGAUGAUUGGGUACAAUCUGUCAACAAAGCAGACUCCAAAGGAUGGUGUGACAGUUAAAAAGGUGAUGGUUGCAGAAGCACUGAAUAUUUCCAGGGAAACGUACUUUGCAAUUUUGAUGGACAGAGCCUGCAAUGGACCUGUUAUGGUUGGCAGUCCACAGGGUGGUGUUGACAUAGAAGAAGUUGCAGUUACUAGCCCAGAACUUAUCUUUAAGGAGGAAAUAGAUAUUUUUGAAGGCGUAAAGGAUCAUCAGGCAUUGCAGAUGGCAAAAAAUUUGGGAUUCAAAGGACCUUUGCAACAGCAGGCAGCAGAUCAAAUUAAGAAGCUGUAUAAUCUUUUCUUGAAAAUUGAUGCCACUCAAGUUGAAGUGAAUCCCUUUGGUGAAACUCCAGAAGGGCAAGUUGUUUGUUUUGAUGCCAAGAUAAACUUUGAUGACAAUGCAGAAUUUAGGCAAAAAGAAAUAUUUGCCAUGGAUGACAAGUCUGAAAAUGAGCCUAUAGAGAAUGAAGCUGCCAAAUAUGACUUAAAAUAUAUAGGACUGGAUGGAAAUAUUGCUUGCUUUGUCAAUGGAGCUGGACUUGCAAUGGCAACAUGUGAUAUAAUAUCCCUGAAUGGUGGAAAGCCAGCCAACUUCUUGGAUCUCGGUGGAGGUGUGAAAGAAGCACAAGUAUAUCAAGCAUUCAAGCUGCUGACUGCUGAUCCAAAGGUUGAAGCAAUACUUGUAAACAUAUUUGGUGGGAUUGUGAACUGUGCCAUUAUAGCCAAUGGUAUUACCAAAGCCUGCCGAGAGCUUGAGCUGAAAGUACCUCUGGUGGUCAGACUGGAAGGAACAAAUGUUCAUGAAGCCCAGCGUAUUCUGAAUGAAAGUGGGCUCCCCAUCACGUCUGCAAAUGACCUUGAGGAUGCAGCAAAGAAAGCAGUGGCUAGUGUGGCCAAAAAAUAACAACUCGGAAGAGUAUUCUCAUGGAAUGUGUGUGUGUUUCACAAGAUGUCAUUCCUGUUGGUGUUUUGGAGAGGAUUAGUGGAGUCUUUUUAAACAGUCAUCAGUGUUGGUGGACUUAAUUUGUGAUACAUGGCAAACUCCGGCCAUAGGCUUGCAAGUUAGGCUUCAGAAAUUUUGCAGCUACAUUCUUGAGAAGUUUGUAUGUCUUCAUCUGAUUUUGGUAAUUUUGUUACUCAGAAUUGUAAUAAGUAAUACUUCACUUCAUAAAGCUCUCUCUCUGCUUUUCUUCCAAAAUUGUCACUGAUAAACUCAUGAUAAAAUACAGUAAUUAAUAAUUGACUUCUAUUAGCAGGAUUGUUCUUCAAUCAAACAUACGUAGUUCACCUAUUUCACAGUAUUUUCAUUCAUUUUUUUAUAUUGUAAAGAGUCAUCAAACUAAUAAUGGUUUAUAUUUUUUAUGGAAUUUUACAAUAAUGUAAAAAAGUGUGCUGGCAAUAUCUAUUUUUAUUCAAAUGAAUAAUGUUUAUUUUCUUUUUUAGAAAUCACACAUUUUGCCUUAAGAUUAUUUUCUUUUGUAGAUGCCAAAGUAUACCUCACAACAGGAAAAGGGAUUGAAUAGUUGGUAGUGGAAACACCUUCCAUUCUUAUACUGUGCCUAUAAACCGGCCAAAUGUGAUUCAUUUUAUUUUCUAGUUUUUGGAAAUAAGGUGCAGUAUUUCUAGGUGUAACAGUGCCAUACAGAGAGUUCUAGGAGGAUGUGUUUGCCAGUAAGAAAAUGGCUGCUAACUUUUUAAGAUAACCUCUUUCAUGAGUAUGUCACUUCUGUGAGGUUUUAAAAUAAAAUGAGAACCUAAAGCAGUUUUCUGUCAGGAGCAUGGAGUAUUCUUCAAUUGAUUUAACUUCCAAAACCCAUUUCUGAUUUAUUGGGAGUAAAACGCAAAUGAACAUUUCAAUUUUUAGUGUUUAAUUUCUCAGGCAUCAGUAAAACUAUAUACAAGAGAGAAAAAAAAAAAAGUUUCAGUACUCAGAUAUUGACCGAGAUUUAUUUCGAUUAUAUAUUCUUUUGUAACAGUUGAAAUUCAAGCUGUUAGUUACACAGAUCAUUCAUUCAGGGAACAGAAGGCAAUAGCAAAUGGCUUGUGUAACUAAAGAAUUCGGUACAAAUCUCACUCAGCCCAGGAAUUACAUGCUGAAAAUCAUCAGUAAAUUUGAACAAUGACCAAAUGAGUGCAUAUUAUGAUCUGGUCUUGUAAAUGGGCAGAGAGGUAAAAAUUUGUCUAAUAAAUUCUUAAUUGUGAUUUUUGAGCAGCUCUAAUCAAUACCGUGUUCUGCUUAGAAAAAUGUAAAUAAAUUUUUCUUGACAUUUCCAUUAAAACUGUUACAUUCAAAAUAAUUUAUCUGCACUAAUCUCUGGCUCUUGACACAAAUAGUAUAGAUGGGUUGCUAUCAUCAAUUACUGUAGGCUUUUUCUUCUCCAUUCCUUUCUCUACAUAUUGCUCAAGGAAAAAAUGUAUGACCAUUAGAACAGCAAUAAAUACACCACUAGGUAUGUACUUAUUGACUGAAUGAAGGAGAAAGGUAUCGUUAGCAGUUCUCGUAAAGGUGCAUAGAAGCACACUGCUUUGAAGGAAAAAAUGUUUACCUCACUGCAACAAAUUAAAAAGUCACACUCUAUUUUAUAUAUUUUAAUACUGGAAAUAGAAGCAUUCUGUGGAAGAACUGUUUAUUCAAUGAUGUCGCACACUGUGUAUCGAACUUCUGGUCUCAAAACCAUUCAUUGUCUGUGUACAUGAUUAUUACUCUGCAAAGAUUAAUGCUAUGUACACCACUUCAUCAAAUAAAUGUGAAAAU